AUGGCAAAUCUUAAGAUACCCGAACUUCCAUUGGAUUGUAUUUUAGAAAUUUUGAAUUUUUUAAAGGAUGAUAAAAAUUCACUUGUAUCUUGUAUUUUGUCUAAUCGAACUUGGUGUCAACUUACAAUUCCUAUAUUAUGGUAUAAACCUUUUGAACAUCUUUUAUAUCGUGAGGAAGGAGCAAAACUUAUUCAAACUUAUGUUUCUUUACUCGCUGAUUCCGAAAAACAACAAUUAACAAAUUCCGGUAUCAAAAUACCCAUUACAGCCAGACCUUUAUUCAAUUAUGCACAAUAUUUAAGAGAAUUUGAUAUUGACCAUUUUCAAAUGGCAGUUCAGGAUUGGCAUUGGAUGUUAAUAAAAGAUAAUCCAAGUGCGGUUAUUUUAACUCCUUUUCGAACUAGAUUAGUAGGAAAUUUAAUCUUUAGUCAUUGUAAUGGUAUACAUUAUUUAAAGAUUAAUACAGCAAAUAGUAAAUUAAUAGAUGUCACAUCAUGGGCAGAUGCUCAACUGGCUUUAAAUACACUUCAAAAAAUAGAAGUUCAUUUUGAUACAGGACUUGAAGAACUUU